AUGGGCUCGAUCAACUUGACCGGCCGAGACGGCCGCCAGAUUAGUAUUCCUUCCGGCCUCCUCAUCAACAACGAAUUCGUUCCGAGCAAACAAGGCUCUGUGCUCGAUGUCCAGAACCCCUUCUCUGGCGAGGUCCUCGGCGCCAUCUCUGUUGCUGAGUCCGCAGAUGUCGACGUCGCAGUUGACGCUGCGACCAGUGUAUUCCAAGAAACUUGGAAAAAUGCCGCCGCAUCAACCAGACAAGAGCUCCUGAAUCGACUGGCAGACUUGAUUGAACGAGACGCAGACGAGUUCGCAACGAUCCACGCCUUGGAUGGCGGGUUCGUCUUUGACGACGUGAAGAUGUUCGAUGUCUCGCAGGCUUGCGAGACCUUGCGAUACUUCGCCAGGUGCACCGAGAUCUCUGGUCGGAUCGUUGAUGUUCCCAAUGGCAAGGGAGUUGUUCGGAAGGAGCCCAUUGGAGUUUGCGCGGCUAUUGUGCCCUGGAAUGCGCCUCUGAUGAUUACGAUCUGGAAGCUGGCUGCCGCUCUGGCCGCAGGAAACACGCUCAUCAUCAAAUCCCCCGAGGCCGCCCCUCUGGCUGGACAGAAACUAGGACAGCUGACCGUCGAGGCUGGCUUCCCUGCCGGUGUGGUCAGUAUCUUGCCGGGUCUGGGCACCGUGGCGGGCAAAGCCAUCGCAGAGCACAUGCGCAUCCGCAAGAUCGCUUUCACCGGAAGCACGCCCACCGGACGCAGUAUCCUUCGAGCGUCAGCAAACACAAACCUGAAGAGGGUGUCCCUGGAGCUCGGAGGAAAGAGUCCCUCGAUUGUCUUCGACGACGCAAACCUGGACAACGCCUUGUUCUGGAACAUUGUCGGCUCUAGCGCCAAUAACGGCCAGAUCUGCGCUCUCGGAUCUCGGAUCUACGUCCAAGAUACCAUCUACGACAAAUUCGUGGAAGGACUGGUCGCGCGUGCGCGCCAGAUGCCUGCCGUCACGGGUAAUCCGCUAGAGAAGGGUGUCACCAAGGGCCCGGUCAUCAACAAGCAGCAGCACGACCGAAUCCUGGGCUAUCUGGAGCAAGGCCGGAAAGAGGGCGCGAAGACCGUCCUGGGCGGAACCGGCACCGCCCAUGGCUCCAGUGGCUUUGUCGAGAACACCAUCUUGACCGAUGUCGGAGAGAAUUUCACAGUUGUGAAGGAGGAAAUCUUCGGACCCGUGGCUACGGUGCACCGAUUCUCAACCGAGGACGAGGUCAUUGCCAAGGCGAAUGACUCCGAAUACGGAUUGAGUGCGGCCGUUUUCACGGAGAACGUUCAUCGGGCCGACCGAGUGGCUAAUGCUCUGGAGUCGGGACAGGUCACUGUCAACUGCUGGGGAAUGAUGACUCCCAGCAUGCCGUUUGGCGGCGUGAAGCAGAGUGGAUUUGGUCGGGAUAUGGGCGAGGAGGCGCUGGAGGCCUGGUUGUCGGUCAAGUCCAUCAAGUACUGGUCGUUGAACGAGAAGGCGAACCUGUAA